AUGGCGAGUGCAGAUUCCGAUGUCCACGCUGCUCUGCAAGAUGCGGUGGCCAGCUUCGUAGCGGCGAACCCCGCUUCAGAGAAGGUAUUCAACAGAGCCUCAGAUCAUCUCCCGGCCGGGAACACUCGCAGUACCCUCUUCUCUCCGCCAUUCCCUGUGGCAAUCACGAUUGCCAGUGGUUGCUCCAUCCGCUCCGCAGAUGGAGAUGUCUACCUUGACAUGGUUGGCGAGUACACCGCCGGUAUCUACGGCCACUCGCACCCGGAUAUCCUCCAGGCUCUUGAGGGGGCCUUGCUAAAUGGCGUCAAUUUUGGCGCAACAAGUCCGCUCGAGGGGGAGCUAGCGGCAAGGAUCAAGAAAAGGUUCCAGGCGGGUGCCGGCCUCGAGAUGGUCAGAUUCACAAACUCGGGCACGGAGGCAAACAUUCUAGCAACGACGACCGCGCAGGUCUGGACCGGGAGGAGCAAGAUCCUUACCUUUGCGGGAUCAUAUCAUGGAUCUGUUCUAUCCUUCCAUACCAAGGGGGAAUUGGAUCCAAUGACAAUGCCGGGGGAAUACGUCGUGGCAGACUACAACUCCAUCGAGUCUGUCGAUGAGGAGUUAUCUCGGGUGCCAGCAGACUCCCUGGCGGCGAUAUUGGUCGAGCCCAUGCAAGGGGCAGGCGGAUGCCUUCCUGCGUCGAUUAAAUUCCUGCAGCAUCUACGCGCUCGGGCAACCGAGCUAAAGGCACUGCUCAUUUUUGAUGAGGUGAUGACAAGCCGCCUACACCAUGCAGGGGGCCUGGCCGGCAAAUAUGGCAUCAAGCCGGACCUCAUGACCAUGGGCAAGUACCUUGGUGGCGGAAUGAGCUUCGGGAUCUUUGGCGGUCGCCGCGAGAUUAUGGAGCUCUUCAACCCGAAGAGCGGUGGCGUGGUGACGACGGCCGAUGGAAUGCAGAAGCCAAUGUCGUUAAUGCACAGCGGCACGUUCAACAACAAUGUUCUCACAAUGCAUGCAGGGAUUGCGGGGACCAAGAUAUUGACAGAGGCUGUCCUGACCCAACUAAACGAGCUGGGAGAUUAUCUCCGCCAGGCUGUGCUGUCGAUCCUUGUUGAGAAGGGGCUCGUUUGCGCGGCGACGGAAGCGGACAUGCGUGAUAUUGCUACGGUGCCAAGGGGUCGGAUAUGGAUCUCGGGCGUUGGCUCGAUCAACGCCAUCCAUUUCGGCGCAAACGACGAGUUGGUGGAGCUGAGAGACUUGUUCUACUUCCACAUGAUCAAGAAUCAUAUAUACGUUACCCGGAGGGGGUUUGUGGCCCUCACAAUUGUGCAUACUAAGGAUGAUAUAGAUCGCUAUGUGAAGUGUGUGGCAAGCUUUGCUGACAGGUGGGGUGGUGCCUAG